AAACAAUGUUUUAAGAUAUAAUAGUUAGGGUUAGAGAUUGUCAAAACAAGCAUGGCUGACGCAGUAGUCUCUGUGGCAGAAAACGAAAAUGAAAAGCAAGAACAUGCUCUUGUGCAAGGCGAUAACGAUGACAUUGUAGAAGAGGGCAGCCAAGCUGACGCACCCAAGAAGAAGAAAAAGAAGAAGAAAAAGAAAAAGACAGAUGCUGAAGCUCCAGACGUAGAACAGGAAGAAGGGUCCACAAAAUCUGUUAACGACAUCACACAGAAAUUGGAGGGACAUACCCUUAAUGGGGAGGCUGCUGAAGGAGAGGAGCAGGCUGCUGGAGAGACUGUUGCAAAAAAGAAGAAGAAAAAGAAGAAAAAAGGAGGAAAACAGCAGACAGAUCCACCAUCAAUACCCAUCUCUGAAUUGUACCCUGACGGUAACUACCCAGAGGGAGAGGUAACGGAAUACCCACCACUAAAGGAUGAUCGAACUGCUAAGGAUCGAUUUACAAGUGAAGAGAAGAAGGCACUUGAUCGUGCUAAUGCAGAUAUAUACCAGGAGAUCCGACAGGCAGCUGAGGCUCAUAGACAGACAAGAAUGUACAUGCAGAACUACAUUAAACCAGGAAUGACCAUGAUCCACAUCUGUGAAACACUUGAAAACAUGGCAAGGAAAUUAAUUAACGAGAAAGGCCUGGAGGCGGGACUAGCCUUCCCGACUGGCUGUUCUAUCAAUCAUUGUGCUGCCCAUUACACACCAAAUGCUGGUGACUCAACAGUCCUACAGUAUGAUGAUGUGUGUAAGAUCGACUUUGGUACACAUAUAAAUGGACGGAUCAUUGACUGUGCUUUCACACUCACAUUUAACCCGAAGUAUGACCGACUAAAGCAGGCUGUACAAGAUGCAACUAACACAGGAAUAAAGGAAGCUGGUAUAGAUGUACGUCUGUGUGAUAUUGGCGAGUCUAUCCAGGAGGUGAUGGAAUCGUACGAGGUUGAUUUGGAUGGGAAGACAUACCAGGUGAAAGCUAUCAGAAACCUAAAUGGUCAUUCCAUCGGACCGUACCGAAUACAUGCAGGUAAAACGGUGCCCAUAGUGAAAGGAGGGGAAGCUACUAAAAUGGAGGAAAUGGAGUUCUAUGCAAUUGAGACUUUCGGAAGUACAGGAAAAGGGAUGGUUCACGAUGACAUGGAAACUUCACAUUACAUGAAAAACUUUGAAGUCGGACAUGUUCCUCUCAGGGUUCAGAAGUCUAAGCACCUGUUAAAUGUGAUCAACCAGAAUUUCAGCACAUUAGCUUUUUGUCGAAGAUGGUUAGACCGACUGGGAGAGACCAAAUAUCUGAUAGCUCUUAAGAACCUUUGUGACGUUGGCAUCAUAGACGCCUAUCCUCCACUGUGUGACGUCAAGGGCUGCUACACUGCCCAGUUUGAACACACGAUACUAUUACGACCUACUUGUAAGGAAAUCAUCAGUCGCGGUCCAGACUAUUAAAGUCUUAAGGAAGUUAUCCUUACAGUGCUCUGAUGGGGACAUUACGGAGAUAACGCUGUACAUGUCCGACCCAAAUUAUUGUAGUGCUAUGGCAGGGAUUGUGUCAAGAUCGGCACGAAACAGUCCAGUCAAAUUACACUGGUGAAAGAUCAAGUGCUAUAAGAUCUAGUGAUUGAAGAGGCCAUGGUGUCCGUUACUCCAGCUCCCACUGCUGAUGAUUAGGACAGAACACUAGAAUUCCCAGCAAUCUUUCGAACAUAGAUUUUGAUUUUUCAUUAUCCUGAAGUAAACGCUAUGUGCUGAAUAUUUUCAUGUUGUCUGCCCAGUGAAACUACCAAAUCAGAAUCAUGAGGCAAUUUGGAGAAUUUUAAGAUUAAAAAUCCUAAAUGUUUGUUAGAUUGUUUGUUGCAGAUUAUUAACAGGAAUUACGUAAAUGGAGUAAAACAAAUAAAUAUAAGAAUAUAUAUGUUAAACUUGAUAUUAUUCUAUUGCAAUUUAGAUUAUAAUUAUGAAAAAUGCCAGGUGCAUUGAUGAUUUUGUAUGAUAGAUAACUGUAAUGUAUAUUGUAUAUGUUCAGAUAAGUACGCCAACUCUAUUUAAGUUUCAUCUAAAUAACAUAUCAAGUGAUAUUUACACGGCUAUAAAUAACUACCCUGGCGAUUUAACAAAAAUAAUUUGAUCGAUUGUUUAUAUGUUUCAUGACUAACCAUGUGCAUGGGCCUUGCUGUUGACAUUUUAUUUGUUAGUUUGUAAAUUUCAACAAAUUCAGAACAUAACUUUGCUCAUGUGGACCUCAUAUAUUGCACAAAAUAAACUUUGCUCAUGUGGACCUCAUAUAUUGCACAAAAUAACCAUACUAUUAUGCUUACAAGUUCCUCUAGCAUGCAAAAGAGACAUUUGUUUGACCAGAUUUGACUCUUUAAUAGCAUAAACAUUGAUCAUGUUUUGACCUUGAAAUGCCAAAAAAAAAAGAUUUACAGAAAAAAUCUGUGUACAGUGUUUGACUUGAGGCCAUGAUAUGUUGUUUAUCAUCGGAGGCUAAUUAAAAUUAAAGUCAGAUUUCUAUAUAGCUGUAACCGUUUCUUGACUUCUCCACAGCAUCAAUUUACAAUAUUAUUUUGGCCAUCAUCAAUCAUUCAUGCUAUAUCUUGUUGGCACUUUAUUAAUGUUUUGAGGGUCCUGUUGUUCAAAUGUAAAGUAAACAUGCCAUACUUUUUGGGAAGUCUUACCUAUACUGACCAAUUGAGAAUUUAUUUUUAUUGCACUCUGAACACCAUCUUUUUAAACUCUUACGUAAGUUGUAUCAAAUAUUUUUUCCUGCUUUGGCUUACUUGUUCAGACAUAGAACUGUUUUAAUCUGUGCUGGAGUGUUACAUUUAAGUUGAAUUGCGAAACUUUUGAACUUAAGUAUUUUGCCACUAGUGAAUACUAAAAGGGGUACAAAGUCUUGACUUCGUGAUCCUGCAAUGGCAAUGAAUGCUAAACAGGUAAAGGUCAGUUGUUGUAAUAGAGUAACUGUUUUAAUGUCUCCUCCUACCCGAGUUGUAAUUUUGGUGUUCAGUAAUUCUUCACAUGUAAGACUUACUGUGUGCCUCUAAGUCUACCUGGUUUUCAUUAUUAAAGAAAAUAAAAACAAUA